UCUUAAACUGAAGAAAUCCAUGUUCGAAUCCCUGGGCAACUAUGAAAAGGAAUGAUGGUUUUCUGCACUCUCUACCUUUCCUUCACACUAGAUGCUGUGACAGAAGCAAAAGAACAGAGCAAAGGAACUAAAGGAAAAAAGAGAUCAAAGGCCAAAGAUCAGCGCCUGAGGGUUCAGGAAUCCUCUCCUGACCCAGUGCUGAGAGUAAAUCCAGGGACCUCCGCAGACUAUACCCUUGUAGAGGAUUAUGAGCAAAGCAUUCAUGAGAUGGUUGCCCAUCUGCGGAACAGCUCUGAGCCAGUGGACAGCAAGUGCCAGGUCAACCUGAGACUUUGGAUGUCCAACAAGAGGAGUUUGUCUCCUUGGGCUUAUAGGAUAAAUCAUGAUCCAGCACGAAUACCAGCUGAUAUCCCAGAAGCACACUGCUUAUGUACAGGAUGCAUCAAUCCAUUCACCAUGCAGGAAGACCGCACCAUGGUGAGCAUUCCCAUCUACAGCAAAAUACCAGUGCGCCGUCUGCUAUGUGACCCAAGCAAGUCUCACAGAAAGAAGAAAAAGUGUCACAAAGAGCAAAAAAUGGUUGUGGAGACCAUUGCUGUUGGUUGCACUUGCAUCUUCUGAAGAAUCUCUGCUCCCUACUUCAGGUGCCUACUGGGAAAGUACUGCUUUUGAAUUCUUUCCUCUUGCCAAUUCUGGAUGGCAAAGUUUCCUCCAGCAUCUCAGCUCUUCUCUUUCUUCUGCCAGG